AGUUACGUAGUGAUUGUCAUGUUUAUAAAAGCAAGCAACUCUUCAAUGGAUCCUUAAGAUGUUGAUUCAAAUGAAAGUGAAAAUGUUGUUAAGGCUUACGUUUAUCUGUUUAUUUCUUUUCUCCUGUUUGGAGGCUCGAUACAUCAAGAGAGAUAUUGGUGAAAAUCGUCCGAUUUGUGAGGGUGAUACACCAUGUGGCUGGGAAAUUUAUAAACCAUAUAUUAGAAUAGUUGAAACUUUCGUGAAAAGCCCGUGUGACUGUCCGAGUAACAGCCAGUGUGUGCGGUCAGGUGAUGACAUAUCCAUUGCUGCAUUCGUUCAUCGUUGUUCUCCAACAUCUUUAAAAUGAAUGGAAUGGACGGAACUGUAUUCUCAUCACAACUGUUAUUUAUUAUCUUGUAUAUUAACAUUUUAUACAUUUCUCAGUAUUAAUCACAUCAUUAAAAGUUUGCUUUUAUAAUA